AUGGCCCACCAACGCGCCCCAGCAGUGAGUGAUGCUACAGGUAUUGUGCGGUGCUGUGUGGUGCUGUGUGAUGGAAUGGCAUGCUGCUUGAACUGUAGUGCUGCUGGUGGGAAUGCUGACCGUCCCACCGUCUCGUACCUCUUUCGAGCCAAGAUGGCCCACCAACGCGCGCCAGCACCAGGGGACCAACCAGAAGACGACGUUAACGAUUUCUUUUUCGACGGACUACAGGACCCUUUAGCGGAUCGACCGGACGUGCUUAUAAUGAGUAUGGGCGCGCACGAGGUGUUUGGGUGGUCCGGGCGGCCGCGCGUGAAGCUUAACCUGACUGUCUAUAAAGAGGACACGGAGGAGCUGCUGGGGAAGGUGCUGGGAAGCUUCCCGGAACAAAGGGUGAUCUGGUGGAAGGCGCAUUAUAUCCAACAAGGUAAGAUCAAAGGAGAGCAGUUAUUCAACAUUCGGCGAUACCACAGCCGCUACCAGCGCCACGCUGCCGCCCGCUUUGCUGCUAACGGCCACUCGAUCGCGGAUUUCUACGCGACUACUAGGAGGAGGAGCGAGGCUUGUAGAGGGGAUGGAGUGAAUUAUGACUCGGAAGUGGUUUGGCAACAUGUGAAGAUUAUUGCGCAUAUGCUGUGUUACAAACAUGCUAACAAAAGAUAA